UUCUCACUCAAUACUUGAGUCACCAUCAAAUAAUACCUCUCUUCCCCUUCCACUUCAUAUACCCGAUCUUCUCCCCUCCUCCCACAAACCCUAAUCUCCUUAUUCUCUCCAGAGAUACAGUAGCAACCAUUCAUAGAUGGCCGGAUUACAGAGAUCCACAGAAACCUUCAGGAGAUCAGGAUCAUCAGGGCUCGUGUGGGAGGACAGAUUCAUCCAAGAUGAAAUGAAUACAACAAAACCGAAGGAGGAAUCGGCGGAUUUCAAAGACCAAACACAAGCACAAAUUGAUGGAUCUAGCGGCGUGAAGCGAAGCCUAUCAACCGGUGCUCGGCCUUAUCGGACCGGCAGAGUUUCGCCGGCACUUGAUCCUCCCUCCCCCAAGCUCUCUGCGUGUGGUUUUUGUUCAAUUUUCAGCAAAAAUGGUGCUGGUAAUAAAACCAAGGCUCAUCGCCGGUGAAUUUCCGGUGGGCUAUUGCGGCGGUGAAGAAGAUAUGGGAAGACCGCUAGCGGUUGAUUAGGCCUGCUUUGCUUCUGGUUAUGUAUUUGUUUGCCUAUGUUUUUAGGUUUGCGUGAAUAAGAUUUUUAUUUUGUAAAUUUUUUGUUAGCUCAUGUUGGAGGUGAUUGUUUCUUUCUUGUUUAAAUUAGGGUUUUGAUUUUGUUUUUAUAAUCUUUGUUUUCUUUUUUGUUGUAUAUAAUUCAUGGAGUCGUGAGUGAGAUGUAGUUGGUGAUCAGAGAA